AUGUGCGUCAUCUUCCUGCGGGGCCGAGCCAUGGUGCUGCUUGGCCCAGGUCAGCACAACAGCGAUGACUUUGCCCAGGUGAACCCCCUGAGGAAGGUGCCAGCCUUGAAGGAUGGGGACUUCACCCUGGCCGAGAGUGUGGCCAUCCUGCUGUAUCUUAGCCGGAAGUAUGAGGCCCCUGACCACUGGUACCCCCAGGACCUGGAAGCCUGCGCCCGUGUGGACGAGUACUUGGCAUGGCAGCACACGGCUCUUCGGAGCAGCUGUUCCAUGGUCAUGUGGCAGAAGAUGAUGCUCCCUGUGUUCCUUGGCGAGCCGGUGCCCCCCGAGACAUUGGCAUCUACUCUGGCCGAGCUGGACAGGUGCCUGCAGCUGCUUGAGGACAAGUUCCUGAAGGACGAUGACUUCCUGGCGGGGCCCUGCAUCUCGGUGGCCGACUUGGUGGCCAUCACAGAGCUGAUGCACCCUGUCAGCGCCGGCUGCCACGUCUUCAAAACCCGCCCCAAGCUGGCGGCCUGGCGCCAGCGCGUGGAGGCGGAGGUCGGGGAGGACCUCUUCCAGGAGGCCCACGAGGUGGUCAUGAAGGCCAAGGACCUGCCGCCAGUGGACACUGCCAUGAAGGACAAGCUGAAGCCCUUGGUGCAGGUUUUGUUGUAGUGAGGAGGGGCGGGCCUGCAGCGACGAUGGAGACUGUUGUCAAAAUAAAGAGAUGGAGCUGCCCCUCUCCUUGGCCUUGAACAAGACA